GGUCAGCUGCGACAACUUCCUUGAUAUUACCAUAAAUUCGGCAGACCAGUCUCACCGCCGUCAUCGGAGGAAGCAGUAUGGACGCCUCGAUUAAAGGAGCAUCGCAUAUCAAAACAUUUGUUCGUCUGCUGCAGUGUGCAUCAAAGUUCGGAGAUGAUUUGCACAUCUGCAUCGGUGAAGGGCUCUGGGAAAUGUCUGCGGUAGACUCGUCGAAAUCCGCCUUCUGUCUUUUCAAACUGAAUAAGGACUUUUUCUACAAAUGGGAGAAGAGGGUGUCUGGACAAAUAAUAUGUCGUAUAUUAGUCAAGUCCGUGAUAGCGGUCCUUGGUAAAAGCGCCCAAAUGUCCACCGUUCAACGUAUAGAUCUCCGUAUUAUCGAUCCUUCUGAUGAGCUCAAAUCGCGGCUCAGAAGGCGCCGUAGAGGCGGUCGUGAAGCUAAUGGAGAAGAACAGAAGGUUUUUGUGGAUGAUGGACCUGCAUAUCCAGAUGAUGACGAGGCAGUGGGUGGUAUUGAGGCAAAGUUGAUCAUGAGACUGGUCUGCGACCACGGUGUAAUUCGCAAGCACUCUUUACACCUCGGCACAAGCGAGUUCAACCGAGCAGAUGUUGAUCCGGAAACGACUCCUUCAGGCUUCACCAUAUCCUCCCGCACUUUGCGCGACUGGCUCGACCAUUUUUCCAUAUCAAUGCCUACUUCCGGCUCAAAUGCUUCGGGGGGACUGAGCCAAUUAGGUUGGAUGUUUGCUAAGGACCAUGUGAAAAUAAAAUCAUGGGAAGGACCGGGAAACGGAAAUGCGGGUCUCAGCACGGAGAUCACAAUCGACACUGAAGAAUUUGAAGAUUAUGGGCUAAUUGAAACGCGAUACCUGGACGAUGAAGCCACUCAGCAAGGGGGAAAUCUUGGGCCAAGAGUAGAUUUGACCUUACCUAUGAAGGAGUUUAAAGCGACGUUAGUGCUCGCAGAACAACUGUCCAUCAAUUUAAAUAUGGCAUUCUCCGAAGCAGGCCAGCCUCUUACUAUCACAAACCUGGAAAAUGAGCUCGAAUAUAUCGAACUCUUCUGCGCUAUCGCCACCCGCGAAUGUUAUGCUUUUGCAGAUAUCAUGUUGCCAGGUCAGGAGUCUUCUGCCCACACGAGAAAUGCACAAAUAUCAAAAAGUCGAACAGCGACAGCACAGCAGCCGGAAGGGGGUAAUGCCUUUCCCCCCUCGUCUAGGAGAAAAAGGGAAGAGCAGAGUCAAAGAAAGGGACCAUCGCGGCUCACUUUAACGGCUCAACCAACAGACGAAGAAAGGUUGGUCACUGUCUACUUGCCAGAAAAUGGUCAUGCUCAAAAGCAGCUCUCCCAACGCGCGUCUGACCAUAUUCACCCACAUGCAGAAGGCGCUGCUUCGGCAUCGCCAUCCUCCAGACGCAACACCGAUCACGAACCGCUGUUCCUCCCCCAAAGCCAGGAUGCUGGUUCUCCAGAAACCCUUCCACCACAAAGUCAAAGGCAAGCAACCCAAAGUGGGGUGAGAAUGACUCAACGGGAAGUUUUGGAAUACGCAGGACUAGGAGAUGUGAACAUGGACGAGCUCGGAGAGGAGCUAGAUUUUGAGGAAGAGGAAGAGGAAGAGGUGAGGGCUUCUCAAUUGGGUGAUCGAGUCAAACCUUGGGGGAAUUCAGCUUCAGCACAUCAAAAAACAAAAGACGAAACUGUGAGACGUCAAGAUGUCUCCACACACAGGUCAGCCAACACUACAGGCGCCGAGGAGAGCGAUUUUACAUGGGAUACGACCAUUGAUAUGGGUCUGUUGGAUAGUCGAGUUCGGGCGCAACUUGAUGAAGGACAUGUCGAAGCAAAAGCCGAGCAUAUGGAGGUAGAAGAAGCGCAGAAGGAUGAAGAUCUAUCAAUGGAAGAGUGGGAUGAGGAAGAUACAGACGGGCUGGAACUGACCCAGAUACCUGAAAAGUCGAAAUACCGUCCUCUCUUCGAUGACUGAAAAGUACUUUCGACGCCUCGUUAUAUGUUGCCAAAACCUCGUCAGCAUUCAUGUUGUAUAUUAGCCUAUCAUGCCCUCGUACUUGUUGAACGAUUAAUGCGUUUCAUCAGACCAAGGGACGUUUCUUGGACUUCUUUGCACACAAAACACUCGACGCGAAGGGCCUCGAGCGGUAAUCGGAUUAGUUAUUUAAUAGCACGCGUCUGGCCCGUUAGUUUUAAAGAUGGGCUGUUCCACCAUAACUAUAAUUAAAUAAAGGAUAAUCAAGUUUUUAACGGACGAUCCUAUUGUCUAUCAAACUAUUGUACGAAUGUACAACAAGUCAAUGAUACGAUACGAUACGAAGUACUUGCAUGAUGGGAACAAGCAAAUUGGGAAUCUGUAUUAUUGGUUGGACUGCCAUAC